AUGGUCAAGACGUUGGCAACCUUGCUCAACCUGUGCUCGGGUCUGGUGCUGAUCGGCGCCCUGAUGCCGGAUGUGGAGUUGCCGCAGGAAUAUCGAAUCGGCGCGCAGGAAUAUCAACAGUUGAUGCGUCUGCAGAGUCUGGGCAUGGAUUUCAUGCGAUACUUUCAGAACAUAACGCUGCAGGACUUGGAUAUACACGGCACACGUCUGCCCAGCAAUGAGGAUCUGCAGUGCCUGGCCGAUAUGAGUCUGUGGAUGAAGGGUCUUACCACCGGCCGCUAUUGGUCCCUGAAAAUGAUUGAUGCCUGGGGCUCGAUUCCGUCGGGCAUACUCUAUCUGAAUCUGGUGGAUGUUGGCAACUAUGGCGAGUGCAUCAAGAUUAGCCAGAAUGCCAUUAGGGGCAAAUACUGCCUGGCCGAGUUGCCCCUUUUCAGUUUACUGGGCAUUGAUGCGUCCACCAUACGUAGCAGCAAGCUCAAGAUCGGCAUUUGCUUUCCCGCCACCUGUACGGCGGCGCAUAUGGACACGUUGCUGAACAAGAUUUUACAGCAGGCGCUCGGCGUGACCAGCACAUCGGAGCUGGUGAAUGCCAACAGUUGCCGCACCAAUGAAGCUCAACCGCUCGAUGGUCUUGCCAUCUUGGCCAUUGUGCUGCUCUCCGUAUUUGCUGCACUCGCUCUACUCGCCACCCUAUAUGAUUAUUUUCUGUGCCCCGAUCAAACUCGUUUGCCGUCCUUGAUUAGGAUCUUCUCCAUACGCGCCACAUCCCGUGCACUGUUCCGCAUCAGCCAGCCCGGUUCCAAUCCGAAUGUCAUCGAUUGUCUGCACGGCAUGCGCUGCAUGUCCCUCAUCUGGGUGGUCUUUGGGCACGAGUACAUGUUCGGCAUGGUUGCACCCAAUGUGAACGCCAGCAGUAUGUUCUUUUGGCUCGAGAGACCUUUCGCUCAGCUCAUCUUACACGCCGUAUUCUCCGUGGACACGUUCUUCUUCCUGAGCGGCCUGCUGGUGGUAAUGAUUGCGCUGCGUUCCAUGGAACGGCAGAAGGGCAGGCUGAAUGUCCCACUGAUGUAUCUACAUCGCUAUCUGCGGCUCACCCCUCUGCUGGCCAUGGCCAUACUGGUCUACAUGACCAUGAUACCCGUGCUGGUCGAUGGUCCGCUGGAUAAGAAUGGCUUUGAUGAUUACAGCAUAUGCGCACGCACCUGGUUUUGGACGCUGCUCUAUGUGCAGAACUAUGCCACCGAUGAUCUUUGCCUCAGCCAUAGCUGGUACCUCAGCGUGGAUAUGCAGAUGUAUCUGCUCUCACCCAUACUGCUCUUUGCGCUCUACAAAUGGGGCAAGAAGGCCGCCAUUGGCGCUGUGAUCCUUAUUGUGCUGUUAACCAUUUGGCUAUUUACCGUCAUGAUGGUCAAGAAUAUGUCCAUGUUCGUCAAAAACGUUGGAAACGGUCCAAAUGGUCGAAUACUCUAUUUCGGCACACACAUGCACGGCACACCAUGGCUAAUUGGCGCCGUUUUUGGCUAUUUCCUGCAUGCGAAUCGUGGCAAAUCCUUCAAGCUGAACCGCAUUGCCGUCUGGUCCGGCUGGUUGUGCGCCCUGGUCAUAUUCUUUCUGUGCGAAUUUGUGCUGCUGCCCUAUGUUGAAUGGUCCGGUCCGGAUUUGUCGCAGCUAAGCGAUGCCCUCUACUAUUCGCUAACCCGCAUUGGCUGGCCCAUCGGACUCUGUUGGGUGGUAUUCGCCUGCAUGCAGGGCUAUGGCGGCAUGGCCAAUAGCUUCCUCUCCAGCCCGCUGUGGCAGCCGCUGUCGAAGCUCUCCUAUUCGGCCUACGUGUGGCACAUUAUGAUACAGGAAAUAAAUGGGCGACGCGUCCAGACCAACACAUACUUCUCCAACUACGAAAUGAUGCUGAAAUUUUGGGCGGACUUUGGCUUCACACUGCUGACCGCCUAUUUCAUGUACAUCCUCAUCGAGGCGCCGCUGGGCGGCCUGGAGAGCCUGUUGCUGCCCAGCCCAAGGCCGGCAAUCUCCGUCGAGUCCAAGCGGGCGGCAACCGCGGCACCAGCUCCACAGCUCGCCGAGAAGUCGUCCAUGCCGCAGCCGGCCGCUGAUCUGGAAGCGGGCCCGGCUGGCGCGUCGAGUGCGCCACCUGCAAGCACAUAA